AAAUGGCUUGAUUGCCUGAAGAGUUCCUCGGUUUCCCUCCCUCGUUCCACCAUCGUCAAUUGACCAAUAUUCCCCGUUUGGCUCUGCAAUGAAGCACCACACUUCGUCGUCUCUGGCAGUCUACCUGCAGCUGGCUUUAAGUGUCUCCCUUGCGUUAUCACACGGACUAAACUCUUCUGAAGAUGGCUGCCUUUCGUCGGCGUUUCAAGCAGUUGGAAUUGAUCCGCAAAGAGCUUCCCGGACUGAGCAAGCCUUCUCGUAUCUCGGAAUUCAAGUGCAAGGUAUCUCGCAGUCGCUGCUGACAGCAGCAGCAGGUACGUUGUCGGUGAUGGAACGGAAUGCCAUUCACACGUGUCUGAAUCCCGGCAGCCAAGCAAGCCAAUGCAAUGGCCAUGAAAUCUGCAGUGGCAAUGGACAGUGUGUGUUGCAGAGUGGCAGGUACGCAUGUCAGUGUAGCUCACCUGCCUACACUGGACACCACUGUCAGACAGAGGUCGGCUACUGUGCGUCCAACCCAUGCCUGAACGGAGCAACGUGUGUUAACGGCACCACCAAGGCUGUCUGCCGGUGCAACGUCGGGUAUUCUGGAGACACGUGCGAGGAACAGUGGCUAUCUAAACGGAACUUCUAUGCACCGUGGGAGACUUACAAAAGGGAGAUGAAUGCCAAGAUAGAUUCACUGACACAACUCGUUCAGCAGGCUAUUGGUACUGGAUGUCAGCCGAGUACGCCCAGGCGUGAGAGGCGGUACAAGCUCUUCCGGACGAUGAUGACAUGGGAUGCCGCCAAGGCGCUUUGCGAAACGGAUGGGGGAAGCUUGGCACAGGUACGAAAUCAGACGGAACUGGCGGCAGUGAUGGAUGCGGCGGACUUGAGUGCUGGAGGAUACUGUUGGAUCGGUGGAGAGGACAAGAACGGAGAUGGCGUAUGGCAUUGGACAAACGGCGACCGCAUUACCUUCGAAAACUGGAACGGGAGCGAGCCCAACGGCAUUGGACCUGACCACUGCAUGAUGCUCAUUCUUCAUGGCCGGGGCCAAACUGGAAAGUUCAAUGAUGGACGCUGCAAUAGUGCUCAUAAUCAUAGUAGGGUUGUUUGUCAGUAUGAUUAGCACACUGAUAGCAUACAGGAGAGCAGGCUCCGGCUGAUUAUGCUCGCGAAAUCAUGGAAUUAUGCUUUCAUGGAUGCUCGCAUUACGCUCGCGAAAUCCUCAUAAUGCAUUGUCAUACGGCCCGGGAUACUUAUUCACUUCCUUGUACUUAUGGAGCCUCAAGGUUCGGAAAAUUGUGCGUUUCUCGUACAUGUACUUGCAAGUGGCCAUAACUUGGCAUAAGUAUAACAAAAUGCAUGAGUAUCCCCACACCAAGGUGUCCAAGCAUGCUAGAGAUCAACAUAAGAAAGAGAAAUCAUUACUUCUUCUAUUCUAUUCUAUUCCUCUAUUCUAUUCUUAUAUUCAUUACAUGUACUCAAUAACGGAACUGCAACCCCAACACUGGCAACGAAACGCCUGCAGAAUGUUGAACGGUUUGCCUUGUUCGUCCUGUCAAUGUGUCAUGCAAGUAAUGUCUUUUUCCGAACGUUCGAACCUUUUUGCAAAUCGUCUACAGAAUUCCCAAACUCCAAACGUCUGUUUUUUUGUUUGUUUGUUUGUUUUUUGCUAUGUUCAUAUACCCAACUCGUAAAAUAAUAAUGAAAGACAAUGGUACUGAGACAAGGA